GUCUGUCAUCAUCGCAAGUUUACAACACACCAGUAGAUCAUGGAGAAUCCUCACGCCGAACGACAAGCAGUUUUACUAGAGCGUAUUCUCAAGAACGCUUCAGCGUGCACGGAGAUGAUCCUCGAGCUGAAUCACUGUGUGGAGGAAAUACUUCGGGCCAAUGCUUCUGUAAAGAUUGCAGCAGAUUUGGCGACGAAAUACCGCAAAAAUGUCCAGUAUAAUCUAGCAGCGACAACUUUGCACUCAGAGGCUCCAUAACCAUCAAAGUUGUGGAGUGUCCAAGAGUACGAUAUCGAGUCGGUGAUCGUGUUGCCCACCCGAGCUUCAAGAUAGUUUGUACUCACUCAAAUUCCUUAUAUACCAAUCACUCAACUGCGCAACUACCCGGAGUUAGUACUGGUAGGCUAAGCCUACUUACUGCCUGGUAGAGAUGCGUCCCUGUUACUGUGAUUUCCUUAUUUGGACAAUGCACAUUUAUCUUAUUGUUGUGUGCGUUCUUAUUGUUUUUACAAUGUGAAGCUUGUCGCUUGCCACGUUGACAAUGGUCG